AUGCUAAUUAAAUAUGCUCAAGAGUACUCACCUAAAACCGAAUACCAAGGAGGAGCUAUGCUAAUUAAAUAUGCUCAAGAGUACUCACCUAAAACCGAAUACCAAGGAGGAACUGGCUUUGUCGGCUGGACAUCGGAAGGACCUGGGUUUUAUCAUGCUUUUGAUAUUUUUCUAGUUAUCAAAAUCUCUCUAGCUUAUAUAUUUAUAUAUUCAAUUCAUUAUAGAGAUUCCUUCAUGUGCAGUGCUAUAAUUAAUCAACCCAAAAUGUCCACUGCAUUAUCCAUUAUAUUUUAUAUGUGUCAUGAAAUAUUGAUUGGAUUAAUGGUAACACCAUUGAUGGUGGUGUCAGUUAGAUUACUACUAUUGUAUUUGAGCCGUCCAUUAAUACCACCAGCCAGCUGGAUUGGUAACAGAACAAGUUCAAGAGUAGCUAUGUGA